AUGAAACCACAAUACAUACGCUUGGUCAUGUCGUCCAACAACAAUCCUCAAAUUAAUGGUUCACCACAAAAUACACCUGCAGUUAGAACUGUACAACAAUUACUACAUCAGCAAAACUCAUUGUCUUCUUUUCAAGUACUGAAAAAAAUUGAAUCUUCAGUUUCUACAUUACCAACUCGCAUUGUUAUAACUUCACGACCUACAACAUUUCAUUAUUCUAAUGAAACAAUACCACAACAAAGUGAUAAAUCAAACGUUGAAUUACCAGUUAUUGAAACAUUUUCAAAUUCACCAUCUUCUCUCGAUGUACCAGUAACUACAUCCAAAACUAUCGAAGCACCUUCAACAACAAGUGCUUGUAAACAGAGGCCAUACAAUGAUGAUUCUCUUCUAUCUGAUUCCAUAGUGACUGAUGAAACACAGUCAGAAGAUAUACAAGAUAUUGUACCAUGUGAUUUAAAUGCAACUCAAGUGUCUGAACAAGUGAAUGAUUGUAUAACAAUCAGCAAUACUAAAGAAGCAUCUGAUUCUCAUCUUGGCAAUUCAAAUAAUUUAUCAACACCUUCUGGUAAUUGCACAAUUGCAUCUGAAAUUGAUCUUAUGCAAGAACUUCUCGGUAAAAUUGAAGAUGCAAGUGAGAUUGCAUGUCGAUCUGAAAUGAAUCAAACAACUGCUGCCACUUUAUUACAUGUAUAUUUAUCAAAAAAGAAAAGAUUAAAUAAUGAAAUAAUUAAUAUUCGUUCUGAAUCUCAACGUUUAUUACGUAAACUUUGGCGUUAUCUAAAUCUUCAAAAUACACUUGUUACAGUUUUAUUAUUGUUAAUGAAUAAUUCAUUUCAAAUUAAUCGUCGUGGUGCAUGA